CAAAUCACCCAGACAUUUUAGUCGCUUUCUGAAAUCAUUGCAUUUUUUUAAAAUAAAGAAAUUUACUUCGUAUUAAAUUUGACUUCCUAGAAAAUGAAGAGCUAUUCCGUAAUCGCAGUGUCAAUUGUUUUGGCCUUUUUUGCGGCCAACACAUUCGCACACGAAUCGUUCUUCGGACAAGAUGUUUGUGACAUUAAGUAUCACUUGCACGAAAACUUGGCUACUGUGCUUAAAAGCGACGUAGGCGUGGAUUUACUCAAUGAUUUGCGACAGAACAUCAAUGAUAUCUGUUUGGACCCGAAGGCCCACAACGCCCUUAUUUCCAUGUUUAACGGGAUCAUCGACGUGACGACCGACCAAAAUGUCUCGCAAUCCCUGGGAAAUAUAUUCUACUGGGCCAGGAAAAUCAUGAAGGACCCCAACUUCCGUAUGGUCUGGCACGAGAAUAUGAAAGGCGUUAACAUGUGUUUUGACAACCUCGCGGUCACCAGACAGAUCACGGACACGACAAUAGAAAAAUUAGGAUUAUUGUUGAGAGCUCCCAGUUUCGACUCAACAUUUGAAAAUGUGAUCAAAAAUCUGUCCAAGGUGAUCAACUUCCGCAAGAACUUUAUGUACGGAGCUGCGGGCGCCUUAUUUUCCAAACCAUCAUCCCCGGUGAAACGUUCACCAUCCAGAAAAGGCCGGAAAUAAUUGCUAUAAAAUUCUGUUCAAUAUUUAUAGACAACAAAAAAGUAAUAAUAUAAUAAUAAUAAUAAUAAUAGUAAUAAAACAAGACUUAACAUAAAAAAAAAUUAUAUUUUAAAAUGUUUUUCAUUCAUAAAACAAAUAAUAAUUAUUGUAAAUCAUUUUUGCUCGGUUUUUGUAUUGUACAUAAUACCCAUAAUACCACACGACUGUAAUACGAUAGUAACUAUAAGACAAUAUAAAUGACGAUGGCGUUUCUCGUUAUAAUCUA